UCCACGUCAACCGGAGAACACGAUGCCUCGCUGCAUGUCAACCCGCGCGCGCCGCGGCCGAUAGAGGCACCUCGAGCUGCAACAUCAUUGUCGCGGCGAACGUGGCGUGACGGGCCCCGUCGCUCAACGAAUGGCCUGCGUCGUGUCGCCGCGCUGACGGAGCGAGCGAGAGAGAAAGAGAGAGGAAGGAGAGUGUCGCCACACUUGGCGUCCGGGCUGACAGGGCGACGUCAACUUUGUCUCUUUUUAAUGGACACGCUUCGAGCGGCGGCGCCGGCAGCAGCAGCAGCGGCGGCGGCGGCGGCGGCAGGCGGCUUGUUUUACUUUCGUCUUUAUCUGUAGCCGCUCGAGCCCGCGCGGAGCCCCCCGUGUGUCCCCCGUGUCCCCUGUGGCUGCCUCGUCCUACCCGUCCGCAGACAGUCCCAUUCGGAACAGCAUGGUCAUGGCUGACGGUGUCCAGAAACCGCAGAUCCGGGGUCCGGUCCGAGUGGGCUUCUACGACAUCGAGCGCACGCUGGGAAAGGGCAACUUCGCCGUGGUGAAGCUGGCCCGACACCGCAUCACCAAGACCGAGGUGGCCAUCAAGAUCAUCGACAAGACACAACUGGACGCUGUGAACCUGGAGAAGAUCUACAGAGAAGUUCAGAUCAUGAAGAUGCUCGACCACCCCCACAUCAUCAAGCUCUAUCAGGUGAUGGAGACGAAGAACAUGCUUUACUUAGUCACGGAGUAUGCCAAGAAUGGAGAGAUCUUCGACUACCUGGCAAAGCAUGGUCGUCUCAGUGAGCUAGAGGCCAGGAGGAAGUUCUGGCAGAUCCUGUCGGCGGUUGAGUAUUGCCACAACCGCAACAUCGUCCACAGGGACCUGAAGGCAGAAAACCUGCUGCUGGAUGGCCACAUGAACAUUAAGAUUGCAGAUUUUGGAUUCGGGAACUUCUUCCAGCCCGGGGAGCCUCUUGCGACAUGGUGCGGCAGCCCGCCGUAUGCUGCUCCAGAGGUUUUUGAGGGACAGCAGUACGAGGGCCCGCAGCUUGACAUCUGGAGUAUGGGGGUGGUGCUGUAUGUGCUGGUGUGUGGUGCUUUGCCCUUCGAUGGUCCCACUCUGCCUGUGCUCAGACAGAGAGUCCUAGAAGGAAGGUUUCGCAUCCCAUACUUCAUGACUGAAGACUGUGAGCACCUGAUCCGCAGGAUGUUGGUCCUCGACCCGUCAAAGCGUCUGUCCGUGGCCCAGAUCAAGGAGCACAAGUGGAUGGUUCUGGAUGUUCCAGUGCAGAGGCCUGUCCUCUACCAACAGCCGCUGCCUACUGAGGGCGAGGCAGUUGUGGGAGAGUACAGCGAACAGGUCCUCCGCCUGAUGCACAGCCUUGGUAUCGACCAGCACAAAACAAUAGAGUCUCUGCAGAACAAAAGUUACAACCACUUUGCUGCUAUCUACUACCUGCUGGUGGAGCGGCUCAAGGCCCAUCGCUGUAGCUUCCCCGUCGAGCAGAGGCUCGAUGCCCGCCAGCGACGGCCCAGCACCAUCGCCGAACAGACCGUCGUCAAGUCGACCAGUGGUUCAGCCCAGGUGGGUCUGCUCCUGCAGGGUGUUCGUCUGUUGCGCUCCCCUGCAGUGCCCCAAGUCUCCUCUGAUGCUUUCACCUUCCCCCAGACGGCCUCUCCCCUGGAGCAGAAUUUCAUGGUGGAGGACAUCAACACGCCCAAAGUGAAUGGCUGCCUGUUGGACCCCCUGCCUCCCACCACUGUCCUCCGCAAGUCCUCCACCUCGUCGCCUAGCAACAUGAUGGAGACGUCUAUCGAUGAAGGCAUCGAGACAGAGGAGCCCGACACAGAGGAUGAUCCGCCCCACCUUCUCACGGCCUAUCAGACGGCUCGGUUUGGCCAGCGGCGACACACCCUCUCUGAAGUCAUCAACCAACCAAACCAAGGUAAGUUAUUCACUCUUGGCCACAACCCCUCCAUGGGCAGCGUUGACUCGGACAUGGGCUACGACAUGGGCUCCAUGCACAGUGACCUCGGUCUGCUGGAGGACCCUCCCUCUCUUGGUGAAGUGGUACCAGCCAACAGCUUGGCCCCUGGUGUCACUCCUACGCCGUUCUUGAGUGCUCGUCCCGCCAACCCAGCAAUGGAGGCCCUGACAUCCCAGCACAGGGACACGCACAACCGCUCCCCUAUCAGCUUCAGAGAAGGACGCCGUGCCUCCGACACCUCCCUCACACAAGGUCUGGUUGCGUUUCGCCAGCAUCUCCAGAACUUGGCGAGGACCAAAGGCAUACUGGAGCUGAACAAAGUGCAGAUGCUGGUGGAGCAGAUGGGCUCUGGGGAAGGGGCCGUCAUGGGCCCCCUGGGACCACAGCACCACUUGCACAACCUCCUAGAGGGUGAGGCAUCCAAGCAGCAAGAGGGCCUAGCUUUAUACCAAGGCGCGCCACAGCCACCUCUCCUCUCCCGCAGACAGAGUUUGGAGACACAAUUCCUCACUCAUAGACUACAGAAGGCUAGCGUCUUGGCUAACAGUCCAGCUAGCUGCCAGCUUUUCUGUAAGGAGACUCCGCGAAGUUUAGAGCAGCAGCUGCAGGAACACAGACUGAACCAGAAGAGGAUGUACCUGCAGCACCAGCCACAGGGCUCGGGGCUACAGGCCUACUUCAACCAGAUGCAGAUAGCUGAGGGCUCAUACCCAACAGGCAGCCCUGCGCUGGACCCCACGGCGUCUCAAAGUUCCCCUCAGGGCCCCGCCAUGUUGGCCGACCAUCAGCCUCAACCCCAGCAGCAGGGCAGUCCUCAGGCCUCGCCUCCAUUCAGCCACCCCCAUAGCUUAAGCCCCUUGAUGGAACCGUGCGAGGGCCUGGUUUAUGACCCCUACAUGAGCCACCACCUCUACACCCAGCACAUGCCCCCUGCAUCUCACCUCCACCACCAGCUCCACCACCCUCAGCCUCAUGAAGCUUCUGCCGGCGGCUUGGGCUUCAGCUUCACUGCAGGCUGUGAGCAGCAGGUUCUCGGGCCUUCAACUGAGGCUUUUCACCUAGAGCAGUACGAGUUCCCGCUGGACCCCACCUCUCUGGUCAUCCCCCCUCCAGGAAAGGCUGAGGCUGGGGGUUUGGCUGGUCCAGGGCAGUCAGACGGCCUGAGCUUGCCAGAGCUGCAGAGCUCCCUCCUGGACAGUGAGAUGAUGGAGACUGUGGACUCCCAGCAUGGCUUCGUACUGGUUAACUAAAGCCAGCUGAGCCCGUGGUUAAUACAAAGCGGUAUUAAGCAAUGAGAACCUACCUAGCAUUAAAGCCGGGGAGAAUGGAGAUAUAAGCGGAGGCCGUAAGCAUAGCAACAGGGAAGGGAAAGUGUUAAUUUUUGUAUAACUAAUACAAACUUAAUUUCUUAGUUGUGAUGAACCUCAGACAACGUUUCUACCAAACUCCUCCCUUAGUCUACCUCCCUUCUCCUCCUCCUCCUCUGUUCUCGUUCUCAUCAGCUCUGUGAGGCCGGAGCAGGUCAGAUAUGUGGCAGAGUUUGGGCUGACGCGGCAAGUUGGCUGUACUCGCGGACGUUGUGCCACCUGUGAGGACUGCACAUCCUGGAGGCUGCCGGGGUGCAGUGUUUCAUCUACAAAUGGUUUGAAAGUGAACUUGUUUCAGACUGACUGACUGGCAACCAAAAGCACAAUGGCUGGCAGUGUUUUGUUUUGUUUUUGUAUUUAGAAAAGGACACCAUCUACACAUCUCAAAUCACUUUUGUGCAUUUUUUUAUUUCAAUUUCGGUAGAUAAAAGACAAGUGAACUAGAGAAAAUGGCCCUCAUUUAUCACGGUACCAUGGAUGUCGCCACAAAUUCCAAGUGUUCAGUGUCAGUUUUACACUAAUGUGAGUGCAAUGGCUUAACGUGACGACCUGCGUAGGUUUUCAACGAUAACAUUCAGAGUUUUCCUGCAAAAAACAACAGGUCUUUCCAAGCUAUUUUUUUUUAUAGCUAACUUAACUAACUAAUGAAAAUAAUAGAUAUGGCUGCAGGCUUCUGUGUCGGCUAUGUGACAUAAAUAAUACAGUUGUUUUGUUUGUUUUCCACGUGGUUUUUGUAACUUGUAACUACUGAUCCUGAUUUAUUUCUUACACUACUGAACUGCUUCUCCACUUUUCCAUCCGACUGCGUACACUCGCCAGGUUUCAUGACGCUCAACACAAUGAGGACAACCACCUUUUCUUUUUUUUUUCGGGCAAAACUGCCACGUGUCUGUUAAACAACUGAAUUGUGGCUCAUGCGCAUGCCUGAUAAAUGAGGGCUGACAUUGUAAUUGAUGUGUUUGGUUGAGAAGUUGCUGUGUUAGACAGUCAAUAUUAUUCUAUUUUUGUGGCAAUACUGAAGCAAUAUUAAUCCUUAAUGUCAAGGGAUUAUCAAUGGAAGCCUCACCUGUACAGCCAGCUCUGAUUGGUUCCCGGGGACCUCUGAGUCGUCAGCAGUGACAUCACUUGAGCUGAUGAUGUAACCAGGAGAUAAUCUCUCGUUCCUUUGCCCUGGAAGCGCAGGGACAAGCCUGGAGACACAAUGUGUGUGUGUGUGUGUGUGUGUGUGUGUGUGUGUGUGUGUGUGUGUGUGUGUGUGUGUGUGUGUGUGUGUGUGUGUGUGUGUGUGUGUGUGUGUGUGUGUGUGUGUGUGUGUGUGUGUGUGUGUGUGUGUGUGUGUGUGUGUGUGUGUGUGUGUGUGUGUGUGGGGGUGUCUUUGUGUGUGUGUGUGUUAGUGACAUUAUGUCUGUUUGCACAAUUCAGACUUCAAAUCUUUCUGCAUCCAUCACAUGGUUUGUAGUCAUUACUGAGAAACACUGUAUCGACGCCAUCAUUCAAAACAGCACAAACUGUGCUCCUCCCUCAGCGCACAGUCGUAGCUUUUAGAUUAAUUCUGGUUUACAUUCUCAAUGCUCCGGUCAUGUCUCUGCGUUGUUUCGAUGAUUACUUUUGUUUAUGAUGAUGGAAAUGACCCCUUGAAGAUUCCCUGCAUUAGAUGUAAUGAACGAAUGUCUCCUCUCUGACGUCGCGGCUGCUGUGAGACAAAGACCAGCAGAAUAUCGUCGGUCACCUGACACUGGAUUGUGACUAUUGUCUCUCCACCGCUCUUUGACUGACAGCAAGCCAGCAACAAGAUCUUUUUUUUUUCUUCUUUUUUUUUUUCAAUCUACUUGAAGUGCACAGAUGUAUCUUCUCUGAAAAAGUAAUGUUGGGGGAAAAACAACUUUAGCAGGACGGCAAAAGAUGAGAUUGUUGGACUCUGACCAUCUGCCCAACUGUGUGUGUGGUCGUCAGCGGUCGUGAGUGUUUGUAUUCUGAUCGGCUUCCAGACGAGGCAGUCGCUCUCAGUCUGGUCCAAGCAGAUCUCUCCGAGUCCACAAUCUGACUCUUCAGAACAGAUGUGGUCGGACAGGGACUCAUAUAGUUUUAAUGAUGGUUAGAAAAUGUGGACCAACUGUGGUUGCAGUCCUGUGCUAUGAGGAAAAAUCCACCCUAAAACGCUUUUACCGUUUUACAGAUAAGGGAUGUAAACUAAUGAAUUAACUGCUCAUUAUUUUCUUGAUUGAUAAAAUUGUUGUUUGAUCCUUCAAAUAUUAGAAAACAGUAAAAAACAAAAAAAAAAUUGCAUCACAAUUUCUCAGGGCCAAAGAUGACAUCUUUAGAUUGGUUGUCGUCAGAGCAACAGUCUAAAACCCCAAACAUAUUCAGUUUAAGACUAAUUUCUGUCACUUUUUGGUACUUUAACGUUUAAAAAAAAAUCUACAACCGAUACGUUGAUUAUCAGUUAUAAUUCCUGAGUAUAACUGACUUUGCGGUAUUUCUGGAAUUUUUCUUUCCAUCCAAUCUGGCUUUGUAAGUCACCGUGCAGAUCUGUGACAGAUACUAAUAAAUCCAUCAACGAUGGCCGAAGUGGACCAGAGUGAACUGCAGCCACAAGACUUCUUGCAUAACAGGUCUCGUGGCUGUUUCCACCCUGAAGUGAGUGAAGAAUAGUUUGCUGGCUGGAUAUGUUUUUAAAUGCUCACACGCUUUCAUUGACCGGAAUAAGGUCACGCCCAGUUUGUGGGUUCUAUGGAGAAAGAGAAGGAACCGAAGAGUGUUCGGCAGGUCCAACAUGAGGUAAUGUGUCAUUGUAAAUACAUGACGGUGUAAGAGAAUUUGAAGGGUGGAUUUCGCCUUUAUGUGAAUAUUUUUGAUGAUUGUUUUCUUUCAUUCUGUCAGUGGUCAGGCGAGAACAGCUACAGGAUGAUCUGUGGAAGUUGAAUACUGGAGCACUUUGACAACGAGGGGAAGGGGAGAUGUAGCGAGAGUGGAGGAGGAGGAGGAGGUGACGAGCGCGGUGGAGAUGGAAAAGGUCUGUGUUGCUCUGCCGUUUCCUGGCAGAUGAAACGAGCCACGAAUCUGUAGGAAGCACCUUUCCUCCUCUCUCUUCCCCGCCAAUAAUGGACACAAAACACAUGUCUUUCAAAGAAAGACCAGACAUAGUAACAUCUGACUGUUGAAUUUUAAUGUGAGGAGGAGUGACACUCUUCAGUUAACGACGAGUGUGCUUUGUACAAAAUUAGGGAUGUAGUGAAUCUUCUGUGCACGCUCAAGUUGCACAGAGGUGAAUUUUGUGUUGAAUGUGAAGUGUUCAGUGUGCCUUUUACUUUUCAUAAUUUUCAGUCUAAACUCAAGAUUUUGAAUAGAACAGUUAUUUCUGGUUGGACCCUUUUAUUGUUUAUUUUAUUAUAAUUACUUCUUUCUUUUCUGUAUAUUCCCCCAAAAGUAAGUAGAGCCAGGUUUUACAAAGGUACAAAACCAAAGUCCCUCAGAAGUUUCCCUGUACAACCCACCGUGUGGAGUUUUGGAGCUUCUCUGUCAGCUUCUCUACUGUGCUCUCUCUUGUUGGUCAAUCAGUGUACGCCAUUUAAAAGUAUUAUAGCAAUAUGUCUCUAGUUGAAGACUAAAGUCAUGAAGAUUCUAGUGGACGUGUUUCCAAGUAUCAUAAUUCCACCUCCUGCUGAUAAAACAAAAACAUCCAUCUAUCAAUAGAAAUCCAGUUUUAUAUUUACCUUCAUUGAUGUUGACCACACAUAAGCUAACUUGCUGUUGAGAUUUAAGAAAGAAAAAAAAGGUUUAUUGAACAAAA